AUGUCGGUAGCAACGGUGCCUCCGUCUGCGAUGGCCACACCAGCUCUGACUACGACAUUCAUUCCGAAGGCGUCAACAUGUACAGAGAACCACUUAACGAUCUUGCCAGAUAAAUCGAACGAGAUAUGGAUGAAUGCGCCUAUUCCAGUGUCAGGAACUACCUUUUCGGAUUGUUAUCCCACGCAGUUUAUGUCCAGCUAUCUCCUAGCUGCAAGCAGCACUAUUCAACCCGCGUUUAAUCCACUCGUCUGUCCGGAAAACUACUCUACUGUGGGGGCAUUUGCAUCAAAUUACAUCGCGUGUUGUCCGAGCGGAUAUACUUGGGCUCAACCAACUACCACCCAGUUUCCUGAUCGGCCGGCAUAUGGAGGAACGUGUUAUACACCACUCCCGUCGGGGGUUCCCUUUACAGCUACUUCCUAUGGACAUGAAGGCGUUGCAACUAUAACCACAUUCCAAGCGACUGUGACCAACGCCAAAGCAUAUGCAAAUCCGUUGGAUGGCUACGCUUAUGGAGGGGCUCAAGUGACGAGCGCCCCUACUACAGGCAUAAUAGCUGCGCCAGGCGUCAGACCUACACCAGGUAUUUUGCCUGGCCCCAACGGUACAAUUGUUUGCUCAGCCCAUACAGUAAUGGUGGCAGCUAGUCCAUCGUUCGUUCCAAGUUCUGUAAACGCCAAUAUCGGAGAUGAAGUCAUUUUUAAAUUCUUAGCCGGCAACCACACGAUCACGCAGUCUACGUAUGAUAAGCCAUGCGAGAAACUUCUAGGAGGGUUUGAUUCGGGGUACAUGGGCGGCCAUGGGGACAUCGCCGACGUAUUUACCCUUAAAGUGAACGGUAUCGGGCCAUCAUGGUUCUUCUCGCAACAAUCAGGCGAAUGUGGCAAUGGCAUGGUCUUCGCACUCAAUCCAAUAUACACCCAGCCGUUUACGACCUUUCAACAAAAUGCCAUCUCCCAAGGUAGCUCUUCACCUACCUCAAGUAGUAAACCCGGCCUCAGCCAAGCAGUCAAAAUUGGCGUCAUAACUUCAAGCGUCGCCGGAUCGUUCCUACUUCUAUCGAUAAUAUUUGUCUUCUGCUGGCAAUACAAGCGCCGGUCGGCGGCUCAAAAGGAAAGGGGGGUUACCAACGAUUAUACAUACGAUCGCAAGAACAAUUCGAAUAGCAGCUGUUCCGACAAUCUCGGUACUACAAAUAGCGAAUCACAUAUCGGCACAUGGAAUGACGCCCUAGGUCUAAAGUCAACAAAUGAACCCCACAGACCGGCGGUUCCACCUAAGGAUCAGAGAGAAUUACAUAGUUCCUCAAAGCACAUGGAAAUCCCAGCCGAAAAAUCUCCACCAGCCGAGCUAUACGGCUCAGAAGCCUUCAUCUUCGAAAGCGAGGAGAAGGAAAUGGGCAGUGGGAAUAAGACUAGGAGCGCAAGUAAACCGCCCUGCAGCUUUAAUGAUUAUGAAGUCCAGGGCUCCCCUUGGGAUGACGAGCUUGAUCCCAUUCCUGAAACCCCACCCCUGAGAACUUGGCCUGGUAAUAAGCAGCGUCGAGAACCAAUUGAUCCGAGAGCGUUGGUUAGUCCGACGAGCGACCAUGGCUCCCCUCAUGGAUUUGGGAGUUCUCGAUAG